AGCCGACGUUUGGGCUGCUAUAACUAAUCCAUUUAGCCAUGAGUUGUGGCCCCGAUCGCAGGUCCACCUUCAUGUAACCCUGGCAUCUGGAUACCCCAGAUAAUCAUGUUUGCUACCGACAUACACGGCCCCUUCUCGCUCCCUUUGCCCGGCACCGGUGUUUCGUUCUGCGUAGACGGCCCGGAGAACUAGAUGAAAGCAGGCAUGUUUCGGACAUCGUGGGCCCGUGGGCAACGCCAAGAAGCGGAGAGCAUGUGAGUAAGAGCUAUGAUAUACAAUUACUAUAUAUGUAGUGGCGACUGAGGGCACUACGCUGCGGUAUGUUGAAGCAGUGCACUCAUCCCAAGCCCUCAACUCUGACCGGCCAUCGCCAAACAAGUCGUCAACCACAAUGCUUGCGGCAACUGUCCUCGCCGGCCUGCUGCUGGCCUCUACCGCAGUCGUCGCCGCACCAGUGGUGAGCCCGGUCGAGUUCAUCAAGCGAGCCCCGAGCCCCGGCGUGGUCAUCCGCCAGUGCAGCACGCCCGGGACGCUUGCGCUCGCCUAUGACGAUGGCCCGUACCAGUACACGUCGCAGCUGGUGGACAUCCUCGACAAGGCCGGCGCCAAGGCCACCUUCUUCUGGACGGGCACGCUGUACGGCUGCAUCUACAACCAGGCCGCCGCGGUGAAGAAGGCAUUUGCUUCGGGCCACCAGAUCGCCUCGCACACAUGGACGCACCCGCACAUGGGCAGCAUGAGCGCAGCGCAGAUCCGCAGCGAGAUGACCAGACUGGAAGACGCGAUGGUCAACCUGAUCGGCAAGAAGCCGGCGUACAUGCGGCCGCCGUACCUCGAGACGGGCGGCCAGUUCCUGCCGACCAUGCAGUCGAUGGGGUACAAGGUCAUCACCAACGAUGUCGAUUCGGGCGACUGGAACAACCGCACGCCGCAACAGAGCCAGCAGGUGUUCCAGCAGGCCGGCGCCGGCGGCAAUGGCCACAUCCCGCUCAUGCACGAGACCUACCAGGGCACAGUCCAGACGCUGACGCCCUGGCUCAUCAACUGGGCGAAGCAGAAUAACCUCAAGUUGGUCACUGUUGCCGAGUGCCUCGGUGAUGCCAACGGCAUGUACCAGGCUGGAACCUUCACGCCUAGCGGGAAGAAUACUUGCUGAUGGUUCCCUGCGUUCGGGAUGUACAUACUUGAUGGGAAGUGGGGAUGAAAGCACGAGGAGUUCAGGCGGUGUCAUAGCCAGCUGGCUAUACGUAUAUAUAUAUCGGUUCCAAGUGCAUCUGUAAACUGUCCUUACUAGUCCCGUCCACCUUGCAAAUCGGGUAGAGAGUUCGAGGCGGACUGUUCCAUCAGACGAUCACAUGGGUUACUGGAGCAGAUACAGAAGACGACCGAGCUCAGGGGAAGCAUAUACACAACCCAUAACAACCGUCAACACUGGCAAAACAACAACAACAACGACCCAUUACUUUGAACCAAAAGUCGGCAGCAAAACGAGAAACAGC